GUGUGUGUGUUCUUUCUCUCAGACAGAGUGACAGAUGUUUCAAACUCAGACUCUCAAACAUAACGCAUGGAAAAGCCGAUGAGGACGUUUGAUGCGUGAAUCAGGACGAUAGUACAAUUAAUUGUGAAAGUGAUUACAUUUAACACACACACAUUCUCCACUUAGGACAAAACCCGUCUGUUGACGAAGCCCAUGUGAUCAUAUGGAAAGCUCCAGGACAGCUACAAAAUGGACCUUGAGAACUAUUUCCACAGCUGCACAGAUAAAAGAGAAAAGCAAAAGGCCCCACUGUGCUGCACCCACCCAUGGACACACCUGUGUGAGUCGCAGUGCUUCUCAGACUCAGAAUGUUCCCUUCACGGUGAUAAAGCCAUGUUGGUGUUCUCUUGGUCUCUCGUGAGCCUGCUGUUGGUGUCCUCUUCCUGGGCCGAGGAAGAUGUGGCUGCCAUUGAGGAGGACACAUCCAGGGAGCUUUCUGUUGGUGAGCUGCUGGAGCGAGCCAACAGAGACCGCAACCCCGACUUGGACCAGCCCGUCCUGAUCCAAGGCGACAUCGCCAUCAAGUCUGAGGCCGACAGAAACGCCGACCCCUGCACCGCCAGGAGCUGCCUGUGGAGAAAGUGGACCGAUGGGAAGGUCUACAUCCCCUAUUACAUCGCCAACCACUACUCCUCUCGAGAGCAGUCCAUCAUCACUCGUGGACUGGAGUCUUUCUCCACGGUUUCCUGCAUUCAUUUUAGACCCUACCAGAAUGGAGACAACGAGUGGCUGAGCAUCGAGUCCAGGGACGGCUGCUAUUCCUUCGUGGGUCGCCAGGGCGGUGCUCAGACUGUGUCUCUGAGCCGCCAGGGUUGCCUGUACCACGGCACCGUCCAGCACGAGCUGCUCCACGCCCUGGGCUUCAACCACGAGCAGACCCGCUCCGACAGGGACAACCACAUCCGGGUGCAGUGGGAGAACAUCAUCGACGGCAUGGAGUACAACUUCGAUAAGAUUGCCACCCUGAACCAGGGAACUUCUUAUGACUACAGCUCUGUCAUGCAAUAUGAGAAGUACGCCUUCUCCAAGAACAACCGUCCCACCAUGGUGCCCAUUCCCAACAGCAAUGUGUCCUUCGGCCAGGCCACCCAAAUGAGCAGAAAUGACAUCGAUAGGCUGAACAGGCUGUACAAGUGCUAAACUGCACAUGACCUUUGCCCUGAGCUCCAUGACAUCACGGAGCACGCUGAUGAAACGGAUGAGGGUUUCGGGUGGACGGCAGUUUUGGGAUGUCCUGCAACAAUAAACCCGCAGACUUCCUUAGCAUCCAACUCUGUUUAAUUAUGGAAUGACAAAGAAUGUUAAUGAGACGCUUCCCUUCAAUAUAACUUUUAUUUUCAUAUAUCACAUAACACAAUCAAUGUCAACAGUUUAAUGUCUUCUGAUCAUAAAAUAAAGCCACUCUCCCUUGUA